AUAUAUACACUUCUUCAUAAUGACUUCUUCAAGUGGUUGAUCUCUGCCUUCUCCAAUGGCUAUGCGGUUAAGUUUCUUAGCUUUGUUCCUUUUCAAAGCAGCUCUGAUCUCAUCUUGCCUCGUGGUCUCGGCUUCGCUCAUCAAAGGAAAAGUCUCUUGUUUUGACUGUCCCCAUGAUUACGAUUAUUCAGGAAUCAUGAUCAGCGUUAGUUGUAGCCACACCAAGACGCGGUUCACCGUCUCAACGGACAAGAAGGGUGAGUUUAUGUCGGAGCUUCCCUCGAGGGAUAAAUCUAACUGUGAAGCAGAACUUCAAGGUAGCUUCAAGCAACUUUAUGCUUCCACAAGGAACGUUAAGUCGAAGAUUGUUAAGCUCGAAGGUGACAAAUAUGGUCUCUCUUCGAAGUUGAUCUUCUUGAAAUCAUGCCCAAGAAGCCUCGGAUCUUUUGGUUCGUCCAAGACCGUUGAUUUACCUGUUCCUCCGGAGUGGGGGCUGGCUCCGACAAGCUAUUAUGUUCCUUUCUUCCCCAUCAUCGGUAUCCCAUAAGAUCCACCGUUUUAAUCUUUAUUUUGCGUCUUUCAUGUAAUGUAUUUAUAUAAUAUAUGUGUAGAGACAUUUAACUAUCUUAGCCUGUUCUUUUCAUGUUCAAGCUUGAACUGAGGUUUGUGUGUGAUCUUAGUGUAUGAAAGUGGUUGAUGUUUUCGUUUUAUAUAUGAAACAUAAUUUAAUAUGAAUCAUUUGUGAAAAUGCUUUAUCUUUAA